UGUGAAGGUUAAUUUUGGAUUAAAACGGGGUUGGACUAAAAGCAGACACAAUGAGAGCUGAGCUAAGCUGUGCUCAGGCAGAAUCCAGCCCAAAGUGGUUUUUUUGCAGCAGGAACAUGGCCUAAUCCUCUUAUCCUUGGAGCUGGAGGUCCUGGACGAGUGGGAAUGGGAGGUUCCAUUCAAAGAGAGGAUUUGCUCUCUGAAUAAGAGGACUCAGGCUGGAAAUGCAAAUAGUCACCUCUUCUCUUGGUGGGUUUAUAAAGGGUUUAAAGCUGCAGGCUUUAAAUGAGGCAAAUCUCAUCCCCAUUUCACCCCUCCUGGACCUGGAGGAUCCUAAGAGCUUCACCAGCAACCACAAUUCUUUUUAAAACUCUUUUUCUUUUUAAAAAAUCAUUUCAGAGUCGUUGGAUUUUGUCAACCACGAUCCACCACGAUGAGGGAAAAUGGUCAACCACAACCAGAGAUCACAUUUUUGCUUAAUUUUUUGUUUAAAAUUUUUGGGUUUUGUUUAAAACUCCUGAAGUCUCUUCCAUGCUGCUGGAUUUCUCCUCUCAGCUCUCUGGCUCCUGGAAUGAAAUGCACUUAAUCAGGAGACUGAUUAAGUUCAUUAUGGUUAAAAAAGACCUUCCAGAUCAUCAAAAUGAUCUGAAAUAUUGCAGUGAAAUUUGAUAUUAUCUAUAACAGCUCAGGUCUCCCCAAGGACUCACACAAAGGUCCCUCCUGGAGCCCUUGACUGUUGAUUUUUCAGUGUAAACACCAAAGGAAAUGCAACAUUUGGGGUUUCUGCCCCACUGUGUGCAUGGCUGACACUCUGUGGCUGUCAAAAAAAUGAUCCUCGUUGUUUUCUUUGGAAUCCUGGAAUGGUUGAAGUUGGAAAAACUCUCAGAUCAGCGAGUUCAACCAUUAACCCAGCACUUCUGUAGAUGUGGUGCUCAUUCUCAGAAAAAAUGAAUGGAAUUUAAUGUUUUUCAGCAUUCCCUGUGCAGCCCAGCAUUCCCAGACCUUGUGGGAUUCAGCACUCUCACACUCCUCUGGAUAAAUAAACCACAGAAUCCCCUAAAAUACUGCACCAUUCAGUUUGUUGCAGCAACAAAUGAUGCUUUUAGACAUGGAAUAUUUGCUGUGUUGCUGGAUAACAGAGUUUAUUAAUGAGAUUAACAGAGUUUAUUAAUCCUGUAGAAGUUUGGAUUGAUUAAACUCAGUGUGGGCUGAGAUAUGGCUGCGUAGUAGAAAUUAAUGUCCAAAGAAUUUUAAUUGUCAGGAAAGAAUUUCAUUUGGUGUAUUAAGAACUAAGCAUGUAAAAAAAAAUAUAAUGUUGGGGGAGGAAAAUAGAAAAAAAAAAAAGUAUAUUAUUUUUGUAUUGUGGCUGUUUUGAGUAUAAUGAGACCCUUUGGGGAACUUUCUACUUAAAAUGCACUUUUAAUGUUUCUCCCUUGCUGCCAGAGGGGCUUGGCGAGGUCUCCACCUGAUAUAUUGUGAGUGGUAACAAACUCUUGAGAUGGAUUUUUGAAAUCUCCAGACCUCUGACCAGACUUGAAGUGAUGACACAAAGGUAACAAUAAAACCACUUGAGAGACAUUUAAUGGGACACUUUAAAUGAAAUCCCCGGGGUUGGUAAUGGCAGCUGAGCGUGUUCUUGCCAUUUUCCCAUUUAACAAGAAGAAAAGGCCAAACAAGGAGCAAUUAGUCAGAAUAAAAUCAGCUUUGAUGACAUUUUCCCUCCUGAACUCUGGUAUAAAAUGGUCACCUGAGGAAGAACUGAAAGGAUGUGUGAGGAAUUUGGAUGCAGAGCUGCAUGUUCAUACACAGAGUGCUGGGUGAAAAAUGAGCAGGUAAAGCCACCGCGGGGUUCUUGGCACACAGGUUCCUCUCUCUUCGUAUUUUCCUUGAUUUUGGUCUGAAAUUUCAUUAAUCUCAGCUUUUCUUUGAAGUCUAUGCAGGCUAAACUUGGUUUUCAUCCUGUGGAUCUCCAUGACCUUGGUGGGCUUGGGUUUCCCAGUUGGCCCUUCCAUGAGCACCAACCCUUUUUAUCUGACCUGCCAGCUGUAUGGGAAAUGGGAUUCGUGCCUGGUGCUGCUGAGCAGCUGCCUCUCCAAGGUGGGCAGGGAUGAGGAGCUGCCUCUUGGGAAGCCUCUCCUGGAGCCCCCUCUCCACAAAAGGUCCUUCCGCAACGGCGUCGGAGCGGGAAUUAAAAAAACUUCCUUCCGAAGGGCAAAAUCCUGAGCAAAUGCCCCAAAACCCGGCCCAGGUUUUGACAUCUGAUGUUUCAGUCGUCGCUUCGAGUUCCUUUUGAUGCUUUUUCUCUGACAAAGUCCCCAGAUGUCGAUUUCCGAGCGGAUGGGAGCGCUCGGGAAGGGCUUUGUUCCCAAAGUUACGGUAGCAUAAAGUUUUGUCUCGAAAUGAAUGUUUUCAUUUGCUUGAUUUCCCUCCUUUGUCAGGCUGCAGAUUUUAAUCAAGUCGCUCUUUGAUUGAUACAAAGAUAAUCCUGUGCUUUUGAGGAGAUGUGUGCGCGCACAGCCUGUGGGGAGGACGGAGUAUUCCCAAAAUCCUUCCUCUCUGCCAGGCACGAGGCGUUCCUGUGCUUUCCCCUCCCAAAUCACAUUGACCUGGUGACAGCUGGUAAUUUUAAUACAGAUUUAAAGUACAUUUCAUUUCAGGUCUCCAAUGAUAUGGAGGGCCACCGGUGAAAGAAUCAGGCCCUACUUGUAACUCACUCUGCCUUUUCAAUAUAGUUAUUUAAAAUGACUUUGGCAGGAAAUCGUCUCCAGAGAUCUCUCAUCUCAUAUCCAGGAGAGUCCUGGGAAGUCACUCUAAGGCAGGGAAUCAGCACCGCUCCCCAUCCCUCAAUUAAUUGACUUAGGUAGGCAACACCCAGCUGAUGAAAUGUGCCAAAUCUGGGAGGUUUUUUUUUUUAAUUUC